AUGCUGAAAAAGAUGGAGAUUACGAUGUCAUUCCAUGAAGCGAUUCUCCAAAUGCCUUCCUAUGCAAAGUUUCUAAAGGAUAUUUUGACUAAGAAGCGAGUGGUAGAAAAGGAAACGGUGGCCUUAAGCACUGAAAUCAGUGCCGCCAUUACAAGACACGAGCUCCCUCCGAAGAUGUCGGAUCCGGGAAGCUUCUCCAUACCUUGCAAGUUGGGCAACAUUGAGAUAGAUCGAGCUCUAUGCGAUCUGGGAGCGAGUGUAAGUCUUAUGCCUUUGUCGAUCUACAAGAAGCUGAAUAUAGGGGAAUUGAAACCAACAAGAAUGGCUCUACAGUUAGCGGAUCGUUUGAUCAAGUAUCCAGCGGGGAUAGUGGAAGAUGUACCCCUGAAGAUUGGUGGAUUUUACGUUCCAGUUGAUUUCGUGGUAUUGGAUAUGGAUGAAGACUCCAAAGUUCCGAUUUUUCUUGGUCGACCCUUUCUAAGUACCGCAGACGCCAUAGUUCAUGUUAGAGCGGGAAGGUUGACAAUGAAAAUCGGAGAUGAAACUGUGGAAUUCACUCUCGAUCAGAAUCUUCGACAACCCUCCACCAAUGAUACAGUAUGCUUCGUGGAUGACUUGGAAGUAAUGGUCGAAGAAGUGAUGGAAGAGUUCCGAGAGAUCGAUCCAUUGGAAAUAUCACUAAUGGCAACAAAUGAAAGUUUGUAUAGCAAUUGGGAGGAGAUUGAGGUGAUCAGAAAGGCUUUGGAUAGUGAAAUAGAAGAAAGUGACGAGUUACAGAAAUUUCAGGCGGUCCUCCCUAAUUUUAGGGCGGCCAGCUUGAAAACGGAAGAAUCAUAA